AUGUGGACGUACGACUUUCAAGAUCGCUUACCAGAAAAGUACGAGCGUACUGCUUCGGAGCACUACGGUGAGAUUGAGCGCUGGUUUAUUAAUCUCAAAAUCGCUAUACAAGACUAUAAAAUUCGCCCUCAAAAUCUAUGGAACUUUGACGAGACCGGAUUCAUUGUCGGACGUGGAAAAGACGAAGCAGUCAUUACAGCAUACCCAAAAACAUCAAAAAGGGUCUCUAGCCUGUCUUCUCGAGAAUCAAUUACUGUCGUUGAGUGUAUAAACGCUAAGGGAAAGAUUAUACCACCAUUAUUAAUUCCAAAAGGCAAAGUCCACAUGGAGGAAUGGUAUAGCCAUAUCAAAGAUGACGACUGGCUAGUUACACCUACAGAGCAUAGAUUUAUAACGGAUGAGAUUGCAUUCGAAUGGCUUCAACAUUUUCAUCAUUUUACAAAGCCGCCAGAAUUAGGGCCUCCAUGGCGCUUACUUCUCAUGGAUAAUCAUACAACUCAUCUUACUAUGCAGUUUGUUGAAUAUUGUGAAAUCUUUCACAUCCGGCCAUUCCGAUUUCCUGCGCAUUCUACGCAUUUUUUACAACCUCUUGAUGGAGUCCCAUUUCAGCAAUAUAAGCAUGUUCAUGGGAGGGUCGUGAAUAAAGUUGCGCGCCUAGCGGGCUUUGAUUUCGAUAAAAACGACUUUUUUGAAGAAUUGCAUGAUAUUCGGCUCAAAACCUUUACUAAUCGUACGAUUCGGAAUGGCUGGAGAGAACGAGGGAAUUGGCCAAUUAAUCCAAGCCUUAUACUCGAUAAAAUGCCUUCACCAGAAGAAGCUUUUGAGGCUAUGGUUGCUGAGGGAGAUACGCUAAAAAUUCAUGGUGAAUCAGAUGACACUAUUCCCAGCUCUCCAACCACAAAAUCAAUCUCGCCACCGUCAACCGCUGCUGCACUACGUCGCUACAUCAAUAAGAUUGAGAAAUCAAUUGACGGUAUAAAGAAUAUAUUAGACGAAGCAAGCCCAGGCCUCUCACGGCGUAUAAAAGUGGUUAAUCAAGGCAGCUUUACUUUGGCCGAAUUAAGCGAUCUACACCGUGAGAGCUUUGCAAAGGUUCGUGCAACCGCAGAGCGCAAGAAUAAAAAAACUACAAAACGGCAGGUUAAAACGAGUGGUGCACUUUAUGUAAAAGAUGCGAAUCGCCUCAUAAAACGCCGUCAUGAUGGUGAUUUAUUGAGGAUUCAUAAGAGGCACGUCUUCGGCGCGGAGGAGCUAGCGGAAGAGCAGGCCUCAACAGAGCUUCAAGAUCUCAGUUUUUUUAUUGAUACCAUGGGAAGUAGGUAA